UCAGAUGCAGAUGCACCUGUCCCUUCUUCUGUAUGCAUGUCCUGCAGCAGUUCUGUGAGGCUGUGAAGCUGUGAGGAGGAGACACAGUUUAUCAUCAGGUUGUCUCGUCUUUGUGAUGCUCGUGGAAGUGCGAGUUAAAGCCCACCCACACUUACAAACUAACCAAAGGUUUCAGGACCACCAGAGGUAGACCAAAAUACCCCACCGGAGCACAUCUUCUCAAAAACAUGACAGAGGACGGCAUCAUGCUGGAUGAGGUGCUUGUGAACGAGCAGCCUUCCACAGACACAGAGGAGACAGCGCCAUGUUUCCAGACUCCGGGCCCCACUGUCACCUUCCACAGUCUCCGCUACCGCAUCAAGGAACGAUUAGGAAUGUUUAGUAGGCAGUGGGUUGAAAAGGACAUCCUCAGAGAUGUCAGUGGCAUCUUGAGCCCUGGAAUGAAUGCGAUUAUGGGCCCUACUGGAAGUGGGAAGACAUCGCUUCUGGAUGUCAUUGCAGGACGGAAAGAUCCUAAGGGCUUAAAAUCAGGCCAGGUUCUAGUUGACAACACCAUUGUGACCUCUGACCUCAGACUCUGCUCUGCCUAUGUAGUUCAGAAUGACAUUCUGAUGGGUACUCUGACCGUAAGAGAGAACUUGGCAUUCUCUGCCAAUCUCCGCUUGUCACGCAAAGAGUAUUCCUCAGCUGACAAACAGAUGAGGGUCGACUCCGUCAUCCAGGAGCUUGGCCUGAAAGAUUGCGCAGAUACUAAGAUGUGUAGCAACAACGAUGAGAUGGUGGAGAAUGAAAACCCUCUGGCGGUAAUUUACAGAAAGUCCCCUCAUUUCCUCAAUGUAAAAGACAGACUCACUCAGAUUUCAGAUGGGCUUGACCCUGAGGUCACUAAAGAUGACAGGGUUGGGUACGCCACACCUUUCUAUUACCAGCUCAUGCUGGUGAGUGGCCGCACCGUAAGACACAUCUUGAGGAAUCCUCAGACGUCUUAUGCCCAACUGUUCCUCAACAUUUUCUUUGGUAUUUUAGUGGGACUGAUCUACUACCAGAUCCCACACACUUUACCAGAGGCUCUUCAGAACAGGAUUCUUACACUUUUGUUACUCAGGCUCUCCAAAAAGGGUAAGACUGUCAUCUUCUCCAUUCACCAGCCACGCUACUCCAUCUUCAGCCAGUUUGACCACCUCACACUCAUGAAUAAAGGAGAAAUCAUCUACGCAGGGGCCGCCAACAAAGCCAUUACCUACUUUGAGGAGUUGGGUUACAAGUGUGAGCCAUUCAACAACCCGGCAGACUUCUUCCUGGACGUCACAAACGGAACCGUCCUUCCUCAAAUACACAACAAUAAAUCAGAGAUGUGUAGCAACAGCGAUGAGAUGGUGGAGAAUGAAAACCCUCUGGCGGUAAUUUACAGAAAGUCCCCUCAUUUCCUCAAUGUAAAAGACAGACUCACUCAGAUUUCAGAUGGGCUUGACCCUGAGGUCACUAAAGAUGACAGGGUUGGGUACGCCACACCUUUCUAUUACCAGCUCAUGCUGGUGAGUGGCCGCACCGUAAGACACAUCUUGAGGAAUCCUCAGACGUCUUAUGCCCAACUGUUCCUCAACAUUUUCUUUGGUAUUUUAGUGGGACUGAUCUACUACCAGAUCCCACACACUUUACCAGAGGCUCUUCAGAACAGAACGGGAGCUUUCUUUUUCCUAGUCAUUAACAUGGUGUUUGGCAAUCUGUCUGCGGUGGAGCUCUUCAUCAGCGAGAGAGUGCUCUUCAUCCAUGAGAACUCGAGUGGUUUCUACCGCACCUCUGUCUACUUCCUGUCCAAAGUGUUUGCUGACCUCAUACCAAACCGCAUCCUCCCCGUCUUCAUCUUUUCUGCCAUCCCGUACUUCAUGAUGGGCCUGAAGCCUGAUGUGGAGGCGUUCUUCCUGUACUGUGUGACCAUGAGUAUGAUCAGUCUGUCAGCGGUGAGCUUGGCCUUCCUGAUCAGCGCCAGUGUGGGCUCCUUCGCCAUGGCUAACAUCCUCAUCGCACUGCCUUAUGUUGUAAUGAUGUGGGGCUUUUGGCAGAACCAGGUAGCUCUGACAGGCAUUAUGUGCGUGUGUCUGCUGCUUACUUAUGUGCAGCUGCGUCGGAUCAGUCGCUGGAAGUGAAGGAAUGAGUUUUUCAUUUUGAACCCUUUGCAUCAUGAAAUCAUAUAUGUACAGAGAAGUGUGUCAGCCAUACACAGAAUCCACAGCUCACUACCUCAGUUACUUCAAAUCGGCUACCUCUGAAACUACCUGUGGCAUAAAGUAUGCAAUUGUUUGAAAUUUUGUAAAGGUUU